AUAUGGAAAGUAUUCCAGAUUGUGUUUUGAGGUGGAGCGGUCAAAGAAUGCCGGUUCUGGGAUUUGGCACGGCAUCGGUAAUAGUUGAAGAAUCGUACUUAGUUACAAAACAAGCUGUUCUGGAGGCAAUCAAACUCGGUUAUAGGCACUUUGAUACAGCUUCUGUCUAUGGGUCAGAGCCGGCGUUGGGUGAAGCAAUCAUCGAAGCGGUCUCGCUUGGCUUAAUCAAAUCCCGAAAUGAGCUCUUCAUCACUUCCAAGUUGUGGUGCGCCGAUGGAUAUGGAGAUCUUGUUCUUCCUGCUCUCAACAGAAGCUUACAGAACCUGAAGUUGGACUACCUGGAUCUUUAUCUUAUUCACUGGCCUAUAAGCUUUAAGAAAAGGAGCGAUGGAGAUAAGGAAUAUGUAUUUUUACCCAUGGCCAUGGAUUUCAGCUCCGUGUGGGCCGCCAUGGAAGAUUGCCAGAGACUUGGCUUAACCAAAUCGAUAGGUCUUAGCAAUUUUACCUGCAAAAAGGUGGCCGAUAUUUUGUCAAUCGCAAAGAUCCCUCCAGUUGUUAAUCAAGUGGAAAUGAACCCAUUGUGGCAACAAAAGAAACUGAAAGAGUUCUGUCAUGGAAAUGGUAUCCUUUUGUCAGCUUACUCUCCGUUGGGAGCAGUAGGAACCAUUUGGGGCAGCAAUAGAGUCAUGGAAUGCGAGGUUCUCAAGGAUAUCGCCAAGGUAAAAGGGAAGACUGUAGCUCAGGUAUGCCUAAGAUGGGUGUACGAACAAGGGGUGAGUGUAAUGGUGAAGAGUUUUAACGCCGAGAGAAUGAAGCAAAACGUUGGGAUAUUCGAUUGGUCAUUGAGCGGGGAUGAGGUGAAAAUGAUCAAUCAAAUCCCACAAAGCCGAGGCUGGCGUGCUGAAAGUUUCGUUUCCAAAGACGGUCCUUUCAAGACCCUCCAGGAACUUUGGGAUGGAGAAGUUUGAUUUUCAGUCAUCUUUUCAUUGAAUGAUUAU